AUGGGCCUUGACCGGACAAGCUGCUUGGUAAAUGGUGAUGAUGAUGAUGAUGAUGAUGAUGAUGAUGAUGAUGAGGUGAAUGGUGAUCAUGAUGAUGGAAAUAAUACCAAUGAUCAUCAUCAUCAUCGUCGGGAUGGGGAGGCGAUUGAUUUGGACAGAUUCGAGUCUAUCCAUAGGAGACGGCGAAGAAACUCCAAUACGAUAUUGCAGUUGCUUCAGGGAAUCCGCGCAGGGAUCGUUUCCGAGUACGAGAGCUCUGAAUAUGCCCAAAAACCCCUUUCUCUGGCAUCUCUUGGACAUUACUUCACUGGACCAGGUUUAGACCUUUUGAUUCAGCAUCUGUCUGGAAAUGAUCCGAACAGGCAGGGGACACCACCUGCACGGAAAGAAGCCGUGGAAUCUCUCCCGACCGUGAAAAUACGGGAGCCUUUACAAUGCUCGGUUUGUUUGGAUGAUUUCGAGAAGGGAGUCGAAGAAGCUAGAGAGAUGCCAUGUAAACACAAGUUUCACGGCCGGUGUAUAUUACCAUGGCUUGAGCUUCAUAGCACAUGUCCAGUGUGUCGGUUCAAGCUUCCUACUGAUGAGACAAAGGCCGAUCCUCCUCCGGUACGAGCCUGGGCCAUAUCCGUGGAAGAAAAUGGCGGCAACGACGUGGAAAGGGAAGAUGAGGGUAGCAGCAGAAGAUUCUCUUUCAGGUGACCUUUAACCGGAUUAUUCUCUUCUUCAUCCGCUGAGCCAUCCGGACCUCGUGGAUAAAGUGUCUUAAUCAGACAUCAUUAGAUGCCGAAACCGGGAACCGGGUUUGUCUUGUCUUCCUUGUCGGAAGCCUAGCUCUACUUGUCUAUCUGGGUUUAACUUGGAUAUGGCUUUAUGUACAUAUUGCUGUUCAAUCAGAUCAUUGGGGGAAAAAAUGGAGGAAUCUCUCUUAGGUUUGCUUCCAUCUCCAUCUCCAUCUCCAUGUUUGCCAGCCAUUCUUACUGCACAUCACUGAUCACGACUUCAUUUCUAAUGAAAUCUACGCUGAUUUGUUAAAUGUGAACUUGAAAAUAAUGUAAAGAGACCGACUUUAGGGAAUAAGCAGACGAAGCGGAGCAUAAUAACGUAUUUUCUGCAUGGAUUUACGAUAUAGAAAUAUCAACCAGCAUCAUGAGAGUAUGAAUCGCCAAAAAAAAA